AUAUAAAAGCUUAGCAGUGAGCGCCAACCGACAUAGUAUUUAUUCACAUCGCUUGCAGUUCGCUUCGCCAGACUUAUUUUCCACAACAAACCAACCAAAAUGAGUUCCGCUGAGUACUACCCAUUCAAGUGCACACCCACCGUCUACCCGGCGGAUCCCUUCGAUCCCGUCGAGGAUGCGGCCAUUCUGCGCAAGGCCAUGAAGGGCUUUGGCACCGACGAGAAGGCCAUCAUCGAGAUCCUGGCCAGACGCGGCAUCGUGCAGCGCCUGGAAAUUGCCGAGGCCUUUAAGACCUCCUACGGCAAGGACCUGAUCUCGGACCUCAAGUCUGAGCUGGGCGGCAAAUUUGAGGAUGUGAUCCUGGCGCUGAUGACGCCGCUGCCCCAGUUCUACGCCCAGGAGUUGCACGACGCCAUCUCUGGACUGGGAACCGAUGAGGAGGCCAUCAUCGAGAUCCUCUGCACGCUGUCCAACUACGGCAUCAAGACCAUUGCCCAGUUCUACGAGCAGAGCUUUGGCAAGUCUCUAGAGUCCGACCUGAAGGGUGACACCAGUGGCCACUUCAAGCGCCUGUGCGUGUCCCUGGUGCAGGGCAACCGGGAUGAGAACCAGGGAGUGGAUGAGGCAGCGGCCAUUGCCGACGCCCAGGCUCUGCAUGACGCCGGCGAGGGACAGUGGGGCACCGACGAGUCCACCUUCAACUCGAUCCUGAUCACCCGCUCCUACCAGCAGCUGCGCCAGAUCUUCCUCGAGUACGAGAACCUGUCGGGCAACGAUAUUGAGAAGGCCAUCAAGCGGGAGUUCAGCGGUUCGGUGGAGAAGGGCUUCCUGGCCAUCGUCAAGUGCUGCAAGUCCAAGAUCGAUUACUUCUCGGAGCGCCUGCACGACUCGAUGGCUGGCAUGGGCACCAAGGACAAGACGCUGAUCCGCAUCAUCGUCAGCCGCUCGGAGAUCGAUCUGGGUGACAUCAAGGAGGCAUUCCAGAACAAGUACGGCAAGAGCUUGGAGUCCUGGAUCAAGGGCGAUACAUCCGGCGAUUAUAAGCGUGCCCUAUUGGCUAUUGUUGGAUUCUAAAAAAGAAACUCCCAAAAACCAAAAAGAAAAAAAGCUCCAACAAUAACUUUUACUUGUCAAUGUCGUCAGUUCCACGCCCUAAAUUACGUAUUCUUAAACAAAAAAGAAUGUACAAAUACAAUUCAGAUAUUUGAUUAGUUGACGAAUAUAUAUAGAUUUUAUAUACUGGAACAAGUGCGUAAAGUGCAUUUAAAGCCGUUGAAUCAGAACCCCAGUCUCGCAUCCUGUUGAUUAUGAUUACAUUACAACGAUACAUUACUCUAUGCACGCCACAUGCACAUUAUUGUAUUUCUAUAUAGCUGAAUAGCUUAUGGUUUUCUCUGUUUUUGUUUCUCUCGAGUCUCAUUUGCAAUAUUUAC